UUCGCUUUUAUACUCUUUAAAUACGGUUUUGAAUCAUGUGGCGCAACAUUAAUAGCAAAAAUAUAAAAAUUCCUAUCGUGAAUCGUCUAAAAUCUCGACUUCUAACUGCUGUUAAGCAGAAAAGCUCAAUGACUAAUCAAAAUUUAAGUACUACUUCUGCAUCUCCUAUACAAUUGCCUCACGAGGUAGAUGUUGUGGUUAUAGGUGGAGGCUCCGCUGGUUGUCACACCUUAUAUCAUUUGGCUAAGCGUGGUGUUAAAGCUAUAUUGCUAGAACGAGCCAAAUUAACAGCUGGUACCACCUGGCAUACAGCCGGCUUAGUAUGGCGUCUGCGACCGAAUGACGUCGAUAUACAGCUCUUAGCGAAUUCGCGUGACAUGCUCAUGCAAUUGGAACAAGAGACCGGCUUAGAUCCAGGUUGGAUACAAAAUGGCGGUAUUUUUAUAGCGCAUUCAAAUACUCGCUUAGAUGAAUAUAAACGUUUGGCCACUGUGGGCAAUGCCUUAGGUAUCGAGAAUUACGUUUUAACCCCACAAGAAACGCAAAAAGUGUUUCCCCUCUUGGAUCCCGAAGCUUUUAUUGGCGCACUUUACUCACCCGGUGAUGGCGUUGUUGAUCCGGCCAUGCUAUGCACGGCGCUAACGCGUGCAGCUUCCAAAUAUGGGGCUAAAGCGUACGAAAAUACUCCCGUCGAUGAUUUGUUAAUUACAACAACAAAUAAGGGUAAAAAAAUAGUAGGUGUUUCAACACCACACGGUAAUGUUAAAUGCGAGACUGUGAUCAAUGCCACCGGUGUUUGGGGUCGCGAUUUGAUAGAAAAGCAUGGUUCUUUUUUACCAUUAAUACCGAUGAAACAUGCUUACAUAGUAUCUGAGACAAUUCCAGGUGUUAGAGGUUUACCGAACCUUCGAGAUCAUGAUUACUCGACUUAUUUUCGCAUACAAGGCGAUGCGAUUUGUUUAGGUGGUUACGAACCAAAUCCAAUACUUCUGCAAUCAGUUCCUAAAGACUUUCACUUCGGUCUCUACGACUUGGAUUGGUCAGUGUUUGAUACUCAUUUGAACGGUGCGAUAAAAUUGUGUCCACCGUUUGGUAAUUAUGGUGUCAAAUCAACGGUCUGCGGUCCGGAAUCUUUUACACCCGAUCACAAGCCUUUAAUGGGCCCCGAUAACGCUAUAAUUGGUCUCUUUCACAAUUGCGGUUUCAAUUCCGCGGGUAUGAUGUUCGGUGGUGGUUGCGGCGAACAAAUCGCAUUAUGGGUAAUUAAUGGUAAACCGGAUUUGCCCAUGUUUGGUUUCGAUCUGAGACGUUUUACGGAAGAACAAAAUCGCGCUACGCAAUGGAUUAGUGAAAAAUCACAUGAAAGUUAUGCCAAAAAUUAUAGUAUGGUUUUUAAAUACGAUCAACCAUUGGCGGGGCGUGAUUUUCAAAAGGAUCCUUUACACGAUGAAAUGUUAGCGAAUAACGCCUUUAUGGAAGAGAAGCAAGGUUGGGAGAGGCCGGGAUUUUUCUUAGCGGACAAGGCGCUAGUUUUACCAUACGAUUGGUAUGGCAGCUACGGCAACAAAAGACAUAAGGAUUCCGCUUAUGAGCGUGUGCUAGAGGGAGAUCUACGGUAUAAUACCUUCUCAGAGCAUCACAAUUUGAUAGGCGAAGAGGCGCUUGCUUGCCGUAACAAUGCUGUUGUGUUUAAUAUGAGUUAUUUUUGUAAAUUGUUUUUGGAAGGCCCAGAAGCCGAAAAAGCAGCCGAUUGGAUAUUUUCAGGAAACACCAAACGUGACAUUAAGAAAACCGUUUACACCUGCGCUCUUAACAACUCCGGUGGAGUGGAAGCUGAUGUCACCAUAUCGCGACUAUCGUCCGGUACCGGAGCUGUACAUGAUCCAAAAUUUGAAGGUCAAGGUUAUUAUAUAGUGGCCGGUGGUGCAUCAGCUUAUUAUACUUAUUCCACAAUACGUGAUGAACUACGUCAGCAGAAUUUCAAGGCUUCCGUUAGAGAUGUCACUGCUGAUGUGGGCGUGAUAUCAAUACAAGGCCCUAAGUCGCGUGAUAUAUUGCAACAAAUUGUGGACUGCGAGCUAACCGAUGCGAAUAUACCGCCAAACAGUACACGGUUAACUAAAUGUCGAGACGUUAACAAUUCUCGCUGUGAAUAUGGCGUUCGACUAUUGCGUGUUAGUUUUGUGGGUGAAUUGGGCUACGAGUUGCAUGUACCCAAAGAGUACUGUGCGUCGGUAUACAGAUCUCUUAUGACAGUAGGUGCAUCAAAUAACUUACGCAAUGCCGGCUAUCGUGCUUUAUAUGCCUUAAGUAGUGAGAAAGGCUAUCAUUUAUGGAGCUUUGAUUUAAGGCCCGAUGAUACACCAUUAGAAGCAGGAUUAGGCUUCACUUGUCGCAAAAAGGGUCUUUAUAAAGGAAAAUCAGCUAUUGAUCAGCAAAGAAAAGAUGGUCUUACAAAGCGAAUAGUAUAUCUAACUUUAGAUGAACAAAUACCCAUUUGGGGUCUGGAAGGAGUUUAUAGGAAUAAUGAACCGGUCGGAUUUUUAAGGCGAGCUGAGUAUGCCUAUCACUUGGGCAAGCCAUUCGCUCAAACGUAUUUACAAAGAGCGGACAACAAAAUUAUCGAUACAGAUUAUAUACAGCAGGGUAACUAUGAAAUUGAUAUUCUCGGAAAACGUUACAAGGCUCAGUGUUACUUGAGAAGUCCUUUCGAUCCCGAAGGCAAACGUGUAUUGGGAAUUUAUAGUUAAAAGAAAAAAGUAAUAAAAAAACAUUCA